AUUAGGCUCAAUUACUUAUUAUGCAAAUGUUUAUUUUUCUGUGGGAGUGAUUUGACUAUUUUCUUUUCACCUAAAUAUCCAAUUUCUCUAUCCCUUGUCCAUGACUGUAUUGCAUCAGAAAGGCUUCAUUCCAGCUCAGAAAGCUUUAAUCACACCCUUUUAUUAGCAUAUGUUUUAUCAUAGCCACAUGGUAUUGACCAAUCAAACAAAACUAUUAUUAUUUGUUUCCGGAAGACAACUAGACAUGCAAUCUUCAACUUUUGAAUUUCUUUUUUUCCUUUAGUCUUCAUGAUGAUCCUUAGCUGACUCAUCCUCCAAAAGCUCAACCCUCACCUUGUUUCCUUUUAAUCAUAUAUAUACUCAUUUACAAUACAAUCAUUCAUCAACCAUAUUCCUACACCUCUUCAAUAUUUUUUACAAGCUAGAAACAAAAUCCUCAAAGGCAAGAACAAGAUAAAACACUAAAAUGAAUACUUCAUUUCUUCAUGAGCUACUUAAUGGAAUCUCUAUCAGCUCAACUUAUCCAGCUGGGAAGUCCUCAAAGAGAUACUUGCCUGAUUCUUCUGGCAAAUACUGCAAGUCUAUCACAAAGUCAAAGAAGGGUAAAUUAAAUUCAGUUCUAACUAAGAUGACAGAUACUAUAAAAGGGAAAUUGAGGUUGGGAACGAGAAUUCUUCAAGUUGGAGGAGUAGAGAAAGUGUUUAUGCAACUUUUUAGUGUUAAAGAUGGAGAGAAGUUGUUGAAAGCAUCACAGUGCUACUUAUCAACGACAUCAGGUCCUAUAGCAGGCCUCCUCUUCAUAUCCACUCACAAAGUUGCUUUUUGCAGUGAGAAAUCCAUCAAGAUUACUUCUCCAAAAGGAGAAUUUAUUAGAGUUCAUUAUAAGGUCUCUAUUCCACAUGAAAAGAUAGAGCAUGUCAACCAAAGUCAAAAUGUGAAGAAACCUUCGGAAAAGUAUAUAGAAAUAGUUACUGUGGAUGGUUUUGACUUCUGGUUUAUGGGUUUUUUUAAUUAUCGGAAAGCUUUAAGAUAUCUCCAGCAGGCUAUCUAUCGAUCUCAGAGAGAAAAGUAGAAAUAGUCAAAUUGUUUAUCCCUACUGCUUCAUCAAUUAUUUUUUGAAGUUGCAGAGGUUCCAAAUAUGUACAAAUAUGUUACAUUGUAUUGUUAAUAUAAAAAGCUAGUUGUUG